AUGAGUAAUUCCUUGAUGGCUUCAACUUCAUCAACAACUACGAAUAAAAGCUCUAGUUCAAACAAAGAAAGCUCCUCUCUGAACAUAAUGUCCAAUGAGUCCCUUAUCUUGAAUGCAGUGCUGUUCACUUUUAUAGUAUUGCUGUCUUUGACUGUGAUAAUUGGUAUUGUGUGCUUGUACCAAAGGAAUCUAAAGUUCAGAGUCAUUUAAGAUUCUGGCCCCACCAAGUAGAGCAGCUUUAAAAGAUUUAAAAGAGAAAAUUAAGAUGACAUGAAUCAUGAUAAAUACUAUGGGCCUGAUAGCGAGCCAUUCGAACUCAAAAUGGAUCACAUUUAUGAAACCAAAGGUAGCACCCAAAGACUUUAGAAUUACAACAACCUCAAUAGCAGAAACAGCAAUAUUUUACAGAGUGCAAACCAACAUUAAAUGAUUAACUCCCUCAAGACUUCAAGUAAAUUUGACCUGGAAUACUCAAAUGACUCUGAUUAAGAGUCAAGUAGCAGCAAGAUUGAACACUAAGAUCUUAACAUGCUUCAAAAUUUGACUUAAAAUUCUCAGCCUUAAAAACCUCCUAAACCUAAACUCACCAAAGAUGAAUUUAAAAUGCGCAUUAAAUCUGCUAAACUGCACUCAAAAUCUCACUCAUUUGUUUAGCCAUCUGCUCAAACUUAUUUGUCAGCCUCACCAGCUUCUUAUAAAAACUUUUUACCCAAAGAGGUAAUUUUAACUCAGGAACAAAAGUAAUUUUCAAGAUAAUAUAAAACCUACGCGAAUUUAAUUGAUGUUGUAAUGACUCCCAGACCAACUCAUGGCUAUAAUGACUAUGAUCUUGAAUCACAAGAGACUUAUGAAAAUUCAAGAAGAGGUGCCCCUUCAGAUGAUAAUUAGGUAUUAAACGAAGAUGAUGAUGCCAAGUUGAAUAUUAUAAAUCGAAAUUUUGGCACGGAAGAAAUGGAAUAUAGAGAACCAGAUUUUGAUUCAAAUAGACAAUUAAAAGAAGAAGGGAAUAUAUAGUAACCUUAAAUUGAAAGAAUAAAAACUUAAAAUAAAGUUAAAAUAGACCCUAUGUCCAGAAAUAUAAGCAAAAAGAUUAGACCAAAUUAUGCUUAGGCUAGCAAAUCUAAAGCCAAAUAACAAUAAAACACCAAACCAUCUGAUCUACAAGAUAUAUUUGGAAAUGGAACCGAAUAAAAUGAAAAGCAUAAUGAAAACAAUGGAACUUAGGGGAAUCUGAUAGGAAAUAUAUUUUAUACUAAUUAACUCACUGGUAGUUCACUUGAAGAUGAAAAUGUUAACUUAUAGGAAAUUAUUACUUCUAAUAAGAAAGCCUAGUCUAAGUUUGGAAUUAAUUUGAAAGGAGCUAAAACAAAAAAGAAAAAAAAGAAGAAGUUAGGUGUAUAUCAACAUAACUUCCUAUGA